GACGCGUCACAGUCUGACAGUAAGCGGAUUGAGUCUGUCCAGUCAGCGAAAUUAUCCUGGAGACACGUUAUCAUUCAUACACUUGUGUUUAACUGCAUAACGUUACACUUUCCUUUUAAGCCACGAUGUUUACCAUAUUUGCAAAGAUAAAAGACCGCGUCGAGGCUUUUUUGAACGAGAAGAAUAUAGUCACUGACUGUCUCAAUAAAAUCGAAGAAAAAACAGGCAUCAAGAAACGAUAUUUAGCGCUCGGUGCUGCUGGUGUGACUGGAGCGUAUUUAUUAUUUGGAUACGGUGCUUCUCUGCUCUGUAAUCUGAUUGGUUUUGUUUAUCCGGCAUAUUACUCUAUCAAAGCAAUAGAAAGUCCUGAUAAGGAGGAUGACACACAAUGGCUGACAUACUGGGUAAUCUAUGGAUUCUUCAGCGUGGGUGAAUUCUUCUCUGACAUUUUUCUUCACUGGUUUCCUUUCUACUAUGUGUGUAAGUGCUUGUUCCUGUUGUGGUGCAUGGCUCCGGUCUCCUGGAAUGGUUCUCAGAUUCUCUACAGGCAUGUGGUGCGGCCAUUUUUUCUGAAGCAUGAAGCCAAAGUAGAUGAGAUGGUCAGCAAUAUAGGCGGGAAGGCCAUGUCAGCAGCUGAGAACGCCACCAGAGAGGUUCUUCAUACUCUGGCGAGAAACCGGACGAUUGGCCCAGCCGAGCCUGAAGCCAGACGACUGCCCAGUUCUGCUCCUGCCGAACCCACUGUUGAUUAAACGAAGUACAGGUGGCUAAAGUGAUCCGAGGAUGACACCAACAUGCAAGAGAUGCAGAAUCAUGUUGAAGACAAAUUCUGACAGCAGUAUCAUAUGGUCUCAUUGUAAAGACCUCAAUGAGUGAAUCGAUACCUGAUUUUCACAAAGCCAUUGUCAGGAGUGGAGUUUUGGACUUUAUAGUUUAAUAAAUUUGUUCAGAUUGUUAAAUGUCUGCAGCAUUUAAACAUCGCAAAGCAAAAAUGUACUGUAGAAAAUUCAACAUUAUAUUUUUUAUUUACUCAUUUAUUUAUUGGUAGUAAUUUGUUGUAUUCAUGGCAACUGUCAGUGAUUUUUUAAUCUUAUUAUUAUGAUAAAAAUUGUACGUCUUCAAUAAAUUUUUGUA